AUGGUGUCCGCUCUUCGGCUGUCCCCAAGUCCCCGCAUCCCCCACGGCCGCUGUGGGGCCUCCCGCCGGCCUGUGUGCUGCCGGCGAGGAGCUGGUGGUAUCCGCUCGCGUGGUAAGGAGGCCGAGGGCGACGACGAGGGGGGAAGCCGAUCCGAGAAUGCUGUGCUGAAGGCAGCGUGGUAUGGGUCGGAGAUGCUUGGGAUUGCGGCGUCGUUUUUCCGCCCAUCUUCCGAGAAGCUGCGGGAGCGGGAGGAGAAGCCGCUCGUUGGGGAGGGAGAAUUGGGGCUUCCGGGGAGGGAGCGGGUCGUUGAGUCGAUUAAAGAGGACUUCCAGCGUUCGUACUUCGUCACAGGUACGAGGGAUUGGAUUACGGUUAAUCUCCGCUGGGGAUUUCCGUGUCAGGCGCUCUCGCUCUGCAAUUUCUCAACAUAUUUUUUCUUUCUGCUCACUCGGACAAAACCAGUAUGCUCGUAGCUCGUUACCCAAGUCGGCUGCCAUCAGCUCCGCUCGGCAUCUUGUUCCUGUUUCCUGUCUUAUCGACGGCCGAGCUAUGAUGCCUUGAGAAUUUUAGUUUCUACAGCACUUUAUUGCCAAAGUUACCCUGCAGUUUUACUCUCUCUUACAGGGUCGGCCCCACGGUGAGACGUCUCUCUCUUACAGGGUCGGCCAGGAAAUAGUAGAAAGAUUUCUAUCUGGAAGAAACGGUAGAAAGAUUUCUAUAUCUGAAUUGGACCACACCCAUCUGAAGCGGGUGGACCUGGGGUAGAUGAUUUCUGUAUAUAUUCCACAUGUCAUACUAAUUGAAUAUAUGGUGAUGAGCGUCUUUCCCCUCGUCUGCCCACCUUAGAAGGUGAUCUAGUCGUCAAUCAAGAAAUCUUCUUCUAGCUGUUGAACUUGAUCCCGAAUCUUCUUAUGCUGAUGUAAAGAAAAAAAAACUGGGAAACUAUGCCAGGGAGUAUCCUUGUUCUACACGUGAUAGUUUUCUGAUUGUUGGGCAGAUAAUAAAUUUUGAUCUUUUUCCAAUUUUCGCAUUUUGGAAACUCCGGAAAAUUUUGGAAGAAAUUGGGCAUCGACUCUUUUCUGUGACAGUUCUAGUGGCAGUACGCGAUUGAAAUAUCAGUAUGUGAAAAGAAAAAUCAUUAAUUUUAAAGUGUGCUUAUUUUUUCCCACUUUUUUCUCCUCUCAAUUUUAUGUCUUUUUGUUUUUUUCUGAUCAAUAAUCUUUGUUUUUCCCAGGUGACUUGACUCUGAAUGCUUACGAGGAGGACUGCGAAUUUGCUGAUCCAGCUGGUUCAUUCAAAGGCCUUAAUCGUUUUCAAAGAAAUUGCUCAAACUUUGGGUCACUGCUCGUGAAGUCAAACAUGAAACUCACGAAGUGGGAGGAUUUUGAGGCAAGCGGCUCACUAAAUUCAUGACCCUGAUUCUUUUCAACCCAAAUACUUCCGAAGAACUACUCUUCUGUACUGAUGUAGAGUCGUAACGUGAUCAGGACAAAGGGAUUGGGCAUUGGCGCUUCAGCUGUAUCAUGGUAUUCCCUUGGAGACCCAUUCUUUCAGGUAUUCUACCAUUGGAAUAUUCCAAAAAUAUCAAUAUAUGUAUAUAUAUUGCAGUUUUCCUCUUUUAGAAUGAUCUGGCAGGCGUCUCUCCGAUUUCUUCUCAACCAGGGAAAAAUAGAUUUCUCUCAUGGCAUCCGUUCUGGUUGCCCAAUGAUGGAUGAAAUAAGUAAUACUAAAUAUUAUCAGUGUCUCACGAGAUUGCUGUAUCUUUUCUUAUUUUUUCUCCAGCCACCGGCUACACGGAAUAUUAUUUUGAUGUUGAUUCCGGGAAGGUUUGUAGGUAAACCCCCAUUACCCUGAAGAAGCUUCUUCUUCUUCUUCUUUGGAUGAAUUCGUGAGAAGGCCGCUCGUCCCUUUCAGGCACGUCGAACACUGGAACGUGCCCAAGAUGGCUCUUUUGCGGCAGAUAUUCAGGCCCUCCAGGUGGGUCUGGUUUGAAGGCAGAGCUUCCUGA